AAAAUUCAGGCGAGUCAGAUGGUGGCAAGUCGGACACUAAAAUGAUUGACGUACCGCCUAACGCGGAGAGGUGUAGCAGCGGUACAGUCAUGGAUAUUAACGGCGUGUGUAGACAACCAUGGUGACCGUCGUAUAAACUAUAUAUAAGUAUAAUUGCGACGUAGUAUGCUCAAUGCAUUACAUUAAAAUGGACGCGAAAUUUGUGUUGCUUGUUACUGUAACUGUGCUGAGUAUGUGUUUCCUAGCUGAAGCACGUGUUGUGUUCAAUUUUCACGAAAAAAUUCGAAUGGCGACGUCUACGGAGCAGCCUGAAAACUUGACAAAAGCAGGACAAAUUAUAAGAGUACCGGAACUGAGAUGCCCCUACGGCCAGAAACGUGAUCUACUAGGAAACUGCAGAAUGAGACUUUAGAGGUGGUGUCACAAUGUACGCAAUUUGAAACUUCAAUAUGAAAACAAGACCUAUAUAGGAAAAAUAACAACAUUUAAUGAUUUAAAUUUAUUGGACGUUUUUAACGUCGCUUUUUUAUCGAUACUUGGAAUAUAUUACAGCGAAGAUAAUAAAUAUAAGGUCAAUGAAGUUAUCUUAUGUACUAUAGUCAACCUCAAGACUUCAGUUUCGAGAAAAUUAUCUUAGAAGACGUGAGACAAUCCGGAUUACAAAAUGAAAUUAGCAAUUAAUAUUUUAUUUUGUUUGAUUCUAAUUUCUCAAUACAACUGUGCUAAUGGAAACCUAAAGGAACUGUUUAGUAAUGUACGAGGAUCGAUUAAUUCAUCGGCAAAUAAAAUUAGGCAAGAUGUGAAGAGUUUUUUCAAUCCGAGUGACAAAUCUGCGGGGAAUAAGGAGUCAUCAAACAUUGUAUUUGUGGAAGAUAAUGGUGAAACAGCUGGUGCGGCUCGGGGGAAUAAACCUGUGGAUGUGACUCCUGGAUCUAUAAUUAAUACAAGUACUCAGGCUAGUGUACCAACUGAGGCCAAAAAUGCCACUACGACUGUAGACAAAGAUGACAAGGGCCGAGAAAACUUUUCUGGUGGCUGUCUCGCCGGCUACAUGAGAACUGCCGAUGGAAGAUGCAAACCCACCUUUGGAUAAUGUUUACGUGUUUUUAAUGUUUAACGACAUGUUUGUAACUGUUUAUAAUUAUUAAGCAUUAACGUUUAGAAUUUUCUUCUUCUGUUUAAGUGUUCUAUAAUAUGUGUUAAUAAGAAGUGUAAUCUGUCAAAAUAUAAAAUUAGACGUA